AUGCCGCCUAUCAUCGAUAUCACAAAAGACUUGUCGGCACUCUUCUCCGACCAGGUCAAAGCUACUCCAGGCGCUGUUGCUCUGGAAGACGAACACAACACCUACACCUAUCAAGAGCUAGACGAGAAAGUCGAGCGUCUCUCUCGUCGUCUGCGAAAUUAUGGCGUUCAUCGCGACAGUCUUGUUGGGGUUCUUUUGCCUCGCAGUGCCAACUACGUCAUAGCUUGUCUCGCAGCACUCCGAGCGGGAGGUGCUUUCCUCGUGCUUGAGCUCGCUUAUCCGCCAGACUUGUUAGCAGAUGUCAUUGAAGAUGCCAAUCCAGCUGUCGUCGUGACAUAUAGAGCCGAGGUUGGCAAGAUCAAGCAAGGUGUUCCUCUCAUUGCUCUCGACGAUGAGACAUCAACAGAGGACGUCAACGGGCAUGCAAAGGAGCCAGCUCCAUUGCCCUCUCGAAACGAUUUGGACCGACUCGCAUUCGUGGCUUACUCUUCUGGCACCACUGGCAAGCCCAAGGGAAUCGCAAACCCUCACAGCGCACCUGUUCUCUCAUACAAUCUGAGAUUCGGCCUCCAAGAUCAAAAACCCGGAGACCGUGUUGCAUGUAAUGUCUUUUUCAUCUGGGAAAUCUUGCGACCCCUUCUCCGAGGUGCCACUGUGGUUGCCGUGCCAGAUGAGGCAAGUUACGAUCCGGUGGCUCUUGUUGACUUGCUAUCUGCCAAGAAGAUCACCGAAACUCUCAUGACUCCAACCCUGCUGGCCACUGUUCUUGCUCGACAUCCGGAGAUCGGAAAGCGUUUGCCAGACCUACGCACUCUGUGGCUCAAUGGUGAAGUAGUCACUGCCGACCUUGCACGUCGAGCUCUCAAAGCUCUUCCCAACGCACGUUUGCUCAACUGUUAUAGCGCUUGUGAAACACAUGAGAUUGCUUGUGGAGACAUCAGCCAGAUCCUCGACGAUGAAGCCGUUUACUGCCCUGUCGGUCCGUCUAUGGUUCCGAGGCACACCUACAUUUUGGACGAGAGCGGGCAGAAAGUGGACGAUGGCGUCAGUGGAGAACUCUUCGUCGGCGGUCCAUUGCUAGCUCGUGGCUACAUCAAUCGACCCGAAACGACAGCCAGAGCCUUCAUCCCCAAUCCCUAUGAUUCGACUCCGGGAUCAAGAAUGUACAGAACUGGAGAUCUGGCAAGGUUGCUACCAUCUGGCUCUCUUGAGAUCACUGGUCGUGUUGGGGCCAUGAUCAAACUUCGGGGCUAUUCCGUGGUACCUGGAAAGGUUCAGAAUGCCAUCAUCAAAAAUCUUGCCGUCAGCCAUUGUGCAGUCGUGGCUCACGGAGAAGGCCUCGAUCGUCAAUUGGUUGGCUACAUCGUUCCCGACAAAGAGCCUGGAGACCGUCCAGUUGUGGAGAUCAACGACGCUGGUCACAGUCCUUCGACACGACGGAUUCUUUCUCCUUUCUUGGCUCAUUACAUGAUCCCAUCACUUUGGGUUGAGAUGGCAGAACUUCCCACCCACGAAGUCUCCGGCAAGGCUGACAUCAAAAAUCUUCCUGCUCCUCCCACUGGGACUCCCAGACCCAAUGGCCAUAAAGUUGAGCAGGAUCCAAUUGGCAUCGAAGACAUUGCUGAAAUAUGGGCUGCAACACUAAAGCUAGCCAAGACCAACAUUACUCCAGAGCACAACUUUUUCGAUCUCGGCGGUCAUUCGUUGUCGUUGGCAGACCUUGCCUCACGACUAUCACGAAACUUUGGCUUUCGCAUCCCGCUUGCUCGACUUGUCGACCCUCCAACUCUAAAUGGCCAUUUGGAGACCGUCAGAGCUGUAAGAGAUGGUCAUACAGCAGCAGUCCAAGCCGACUUGCCCAACAUCUUACGCGCCGAUUCCGUGCUUGAUAAAGAUAUUCAACCAUUACCAGGAACAAAAAUCACGUCAAUUAGUAAAGCAAACACUGUCCUAUUGACGGGUGUGACAGGUUUCUUGGGUGCAUUUCUUCUCAAUGACUUAUUGGAGAACACCUCAGCACGAAUCAUCUGUCUCGUCCGUUUCAGCGAUCCUUCAGGUGAGGAUCAACCCGGUGGUAUUGCGAGAAUACGAAGGAAUCUCCUCGAUUUUGGUCUCUGGCGAGACUCGAUCAUGGAGCGAGUGGAGAUUCUUCCAGGAAACUUGUCCCGAAAACGAUUCGGACUGUCAUCGGAGAAAUUCGAAGAGCUGGCGAAACAGCUUGAUGUCAUUGUGCAUGCAGGCGCGACUGUCAAUCUCGUGUAUCCCUAUGCAGCUUUGCGUGGUGCAAAUGUUGGCGGCACGAGGGAAGUUCUUCGACUAGCAGGGCUGGGUGGUGCAACGGUGCAAUACGUAUCCACCAAUGGCGUCCUGCCACCUUCACAAGAGGGUUGGCCGGAAGACAAGAUGCUUGACGUCGAGGAUGUUCCGGAAAAGCUUCUCGACGGAUAUGGUCAAACCAAAUGGGUAGCAGAACAACUCGCAGUCGAGGCCAAUCGUCGUGGAAUUCCCGUCAAAAUCCUUCGAGCAGGAACUAUCAGUGGUCACAGCUCCACAGGAGCCGCAAACGCGUGGGAUCUUUUGACGGCCUUGAUUGUGGAAUCUCUUCAUCUCGGUUACUUCCCCGAUGUUGAAGGUUGGCGCGCUGAGAUGACGCCUGUCGACUUUGUCAGCAGAGCUAUCACUCAUCUUGCAGACCAGGAUCAGGCCGAACAAACGGUCUUCCAUUUGGGUGACCCGGAUCCAGUGCCAACUCGGAAGGUUUUUGCUGACCUCAAUGAUUUGGGGUUCCCAACGAAACCUCUGGGCUUCGAGGAAUGGGUCGCACUUUGGAAUGAGAAACGGGGCUCGGUUAAGGGUGGAGAUGGUGCUUUCACAGUCGAUGUCCUUCGAAGUGGUAUGCCCAGUGUGGAAUUCCUACGGGAUAUUGUCGUGUUGAAUAACGAUCAAACACGACCAUUCCGCGCAGUCGUCCAACGGCCCAAGGUCGAUCAUGUUUUACUAGAAACUUACACUCGCCACUGGUUCGCUAGAGGCUGGCUACCACGGCCUCCAUCGGGACAAUUGUCUCAUGGCGGUGCUGCACAUGCACCACAAUUUGGGCCAUUGAGUGGGAAAGUGGCGGUGGUUACUGGUGCAUCUUCCGGCAUAGGGGCUGCUGUGGCUGCGGCUUUGGCAAAAGAAGGCUGUCACGUUGCGUUGGCGGCUCGAAGGCUAGAAGCUCUUGAAGCAGUCAAGCGAAGACUCGUGACAAGAGACGGCAAAGUCAUCCUUCGCUCAACCGAUGUGACGGACAAGAAACAAGUCGAAGCACUUUUCCAGGCAGCACAUGAUGAACUUGGACCGAUUGACAUUCUUGUCUCUUGUGCUGGCGUCAUGUACUUCACAAUGAUGGCAAAUGUGAAGACGGAUGAGUGGGAGCGAACAGUUGAUGUCAAUUGUAAAGGCCUUCUUCACUGUCUAUCGUCUACCAUUCCUGGUAUGCUCAAACGCGGCAGUGGUCACAUUGUUGCCAUUUCAUCCGACGCGGGAAGAAAGGUCUUCCCAGGCUUGGGUGUGUAUUCAGCAAGCAAGUUCUUCGUAGAGGCCACUUUACAAAGUCUUCGACUUGAGACUGCGGGGACAGGACUGCGUGUCACUAGUGUACAGCCUGGGAACACCGCCACCGAAUUGCUCGGUAUGUCCACAGACCAAGAAGCCAUCAAGAAAUACGGAGAGCCGACCGGGGCCCAGAUACUGGAUCCGGAAGAUGUUGCAAACUCGAUUGUCUAUGCAUUGAGGCAACCUGCACAUGUUGCUAUCAACGAAGUGCUGAUUGAGCCGAGAGACGAACCAAUAUGA